AUUGAAACUGUGAAAGCAGUUUUCAGUGUCUCAACAUUAUUGCUACUAAUACGGUAGUAGCAUAUUGCCUAUUAUCUACAGUGGGAAAGAAAGUAUAUCAGUGACCAUGGCUCUAUCAGCAACUCCUCCGGUUAUCUCCCCCACCUCCAGCCAGGGAUCGGGUGGCUUGUUCCGGUCUGAUCCCUUGUACACUAGCCCUGCGGAGUCCCCGAGACUGACCAACAGCAUGAUCAACUCUUUCAUCAGCAGCAGUAGUAACAGUACCAGCGGCAGUAAUGAGUGUAAAAUGGUGGAAGUCCACGGGGUCAAGGUGGCCUCGUUCUCAGUAGAUGGACAGGAGCUCAUCUGCCUCCCCCAGGUUUUUGAUCUCUUCUUGAAGCACCUGGUUGGCGGACUGCACACGGUGUACACCAAGCUGAAGAGACUGGAUAUAUCCCCAGUGGUGUGCACUGUGGAGCAAGUCCGAAUUCUGCGCGGUCUGGGAGCAAUCCAGCCGGGGGUCAACCGCUGCAAGCUGAUCUGCAGAAAGGACUUCGAAGCCCUGUACAACGACUGCACCAAUGCAAGCUCAAGACCUGGAAGGCCCCCGAAGCGUUCACUGGGUGUUGUGAUGCAGGAGAACUCUCGCCUGCUGCCCCACAGUGUCCACGGCCUUUUAUCUCCAGGACUUAUCUCCCCGUCAGGUCUUACAGCGGCUGCCAUGGCUGAAGCAAUGAAACUGCAGAAGAUGAAGCUGAUGGCAAUGAACAGCUUGCAUGGCACUGGGAGUCAGAAUGGAACUGAGUCUGAGAAUGAGGAGCUCAACUCCAAUGCAGGAAUCAACCCACAACUGCUGAGGGCUCUACAAAACAGCCUGCAGAUGCAAAGAUGGCUUCAGAUGGCUGAUGACUCUUUGCUGUUAAGCAGCGGUGGGAGCGAGUCGUCCUGGGAUAAAGAGAAGCUGCAGUCCCCUCCUACCACAGGCGCGCAGCAUGGGGUCAGUCAUGCCACUCUGUCUAGCCAGCACAACCUGGGAGCAGCACACCCACUCAGCUCCCUGCAACAGAACCAUCUGCUAGCUAACAGACUUGACUUGCCGUUUAUGAUGAUGCCCCACCCCCUCCUUCCUGUUAGCCUGCCUCCUGCAUCUGUUGCCAUGGCAAUGAACCAGAUGAACCACCUGAAUACCAUAGCAAACAUGGCUGCAGCAGCCCAGAUGCAGAGUCCUCUGUCCAGGGCAGGAGCGUCUGUUAUAAAGGAACGGGUCCAGGACAGCCUAUCCCCAGCUCUGUCUCUGGAGGAAAAUCAGCGCCCUGGGAGCCACGUCUCUUCACACCAGAGCAGCAGUGCCUCAAGCUCCCCCUCCCCACAUGACACCUCCGAUCGGCUAGGAAUGCUGCCUAAUCCCAGGGAUGGAGAGAUGUCUGAUCGGGAUGCAGCUAUAAACGUGAAGAAGAUCUUGAAGGAGAAAGAUGAGACCCAGCUGGUAUUGCCCAUGAUGAAGCCUAACUUUGACAAGCUUCCCUUGACAGGGCAGAUGCUGCCCCCUGGAUUCCCAGGUCCCUUCUUGUUUGCUGAUGGGCUGUCAUCGGUGGAAACCCUCCUAACCAAUAUCCAGGGCCUUCUCAAAGUAGCUGUGGACAAUGCAAGAGUCCAGGACAAACAGAUACAGCAGGAGAAGAAAGAUUUAAAGAUGGAGCUUUACAGGGAAAGAGAGAUAAGGGAGACUCUUGAGCGACAGCUCACAUCUGAGCUGCAGAGCCGAGCCACAAUUCAGAAGCGACUGAAGAAAGAGAAGAAGGCAAAGAGGAAACUCCAGGAGGCUCUGGAGUUUGAAUCCAAAAGAAGAGAGCAAGUGGAGCAGGCGUUAAAACAGGCCACUUCGCCCGAAAGUUUUAGGAUUUUAAAUGAUGCAGUUAUCCCAGAGGUGGAGACAGAACGCAAUGGAACUCAGCAUGAAGAUGCAGCUGUACAAGAAAACAGACCAUACAUCAAACCUCCAAUAAUGUACUAAAUGGAAUUAUUUUACCAUAAGGACAGGACUGAUGGCUGCUACAGUGCCCUCUUGUGAACAUUUCUACUGGUGUCCUAACCAACUUGAAGAGAUGUUUCAUAAAGUUUAUUCAGUACUGUCACAGCGUUGCUGCAACGACUUGUAAAGACAUUUUUUUUUUGCUGUCUAAGACUGGAUCUUUGCAGUUUUUUGGGGAUUACAGUACCAUGUUAAGCACAUGAAGAAGCCAAUACCCUCUCGACCCUCCUCCUGAAAUAUUUUGUACUACAAAUGCCACAACUGUCCAUAAACAGCACAAUAGUUCUGUAAGGCUUGUAUAGACUGUGUUGUCUUUUCAUUGACUAAAGACCAUUAGAGCCAUGAAAGAUGGAACAGAAUCAAUAGCAAACAUGUACAUUUCUACACACUGCUUUGUAUACUGAAACAGAUGCUCAAUAUAUUAACAUACAAAAGAAAACAUAUGUGUGAUUUUUUUCUCUCUUUUUGGAAAAUAAUGAUGUAAAAAAAGAAAAAAGCUCUAUCAUUGGAUGAAUGAUGCAAUAAUUUAGACCCCCGAUAGCAAAAUGGUUGAACUCUGCAAAUGCUUUGUAUUGAAUAACUCAAUCUCAGUAAUUGGAAAACAUUGAAUCAUAUACAUUAGACUGUUAGUCUUGGUUGCUCUGUACUGUAUUAAUUUCAAAAUAUUUUGUUCAAAUGUUAUUGCUAAAAAAUACAGUAUUCAAAUCACUUUUUUUUUGUUUUACCUUGUUUGUCAAAAAAAAAAAAAAACUUGUAAAAGGUUUAGUUUCUGCUAUUAUGAUGUCAAUAAUAACAUAGAUUUCUAGUGAGAAAAGAAUGAUCUUUCAAUCAUUAGCAAGCAUGGCAAAUCUUGAUAUACUUUAAGGUGAAAGUUUUCAGGUGAUUCUUUAAUCAUUAGUUGUUUCCUUGUUAAGGCGUUCUGGACAUCUCUAUAGCUGUAGCGUCUAACUCUUCUCUAAACGUCAUUUUUUAUGUCUGUUGGCAGCAAGUAGGCACUGAUGAGCUUGUUUUAAUGGUGAAAAUGCCAUGUCUUUAUUUCUUUUAAAGCCCAUAAAGGCAUUAUCUUCAAGCAACUUCACAGACUGUUUUUAGAAAUAAAAGGUGAACUACAUUGUUUUUGUUGAAGUCUUAUAUGGGACCAAGAUAGGAGGUUAAAUGUACAUUCACAGUACUCUCUGAUGAUAUUUUAAUAUCAUGACAUCUGUUGUCAAGGUAUGUGGGUUCUUCUCUUAAUUUCCAUGUACAAGUUGUAUUCAAUAUUUUCAUGAACAACUGUGAAAUGUAUAUUCUUUGCUGCCACAAUUCUAAAGUUGAAACCAUGGUCUAUCUCCAGCAGAUUUGAAUUAUUUUCUGUGGUAGUCUGCCUCCAAUACUCAACGGGUCAAAACAAAAAACAAAGGCAAGUAUAUGCCAUUGGAUGUCAUUGGAUGAUAGACACUUUAUUGAAGAGAAAAUUAACCAAGGAUUAUUUUUUUUGUAUGGACAAGUUAAGUCCACUCCUACAAAUGAGUACCUUGGAUUCACUGGUGUUAAGAACUAGCAAAUAUGUUGUGAAAAUCAAGGAAAUGUGAACUCAAAGAAUGGAAGGAAAUGUUUAUGUGUCCAAAUAUAACAAGUGAGUGAGUUUGCGGAAAUCUUCUGAAUACACUGGAGUGCUUGGAUCAUUGCAAAUUCUUUUUACACUAAGUGUUUGCAGACAUUCUUUCCACAGGAGACAGAGUCCACUUGACAUACUGCGCCACUCCUGACUAUUAGUUACACUUUAAUCAAUGGAAGCCAAUGUAUCACACUAGUUGGGAUUUUCAACCCAGCUGCAGACCGAAUCAAAGAAUACACGGAACAAAAAUAUUUUUAAAGAUCUAUUUCAUUCGUAAAUUCUUAAACAUUCUUUGCCCACACAAAGACUGGAUGCUUGCAGAAUGGUAUAACAUUUCAAUUUGUAUUUUUCCUUAAAUCUGACCACUCUCCCAACUCUCUAAACAUACACUCCUACACUCAUAACACCAAACACCAACUGGUUGUACCCUCACACUCACAAACAUACACUACUUGAUCUUUCUGACUCACUUUCCCAUCUCCACCCAGGUCAUCAGGGCGAAAGCACCUUGCCAGCCCCAAAGUCAUCCCUCUAACCGGUUACAGAUAGAGUUGGAGAUGGAAAUCGGUAAUCAGCUCCCCCGCUGUAA